AUGUCCCGUGGGCUGUUACGCGUCUGCACGUGGAAUGUGAAUGGACUACGCACACUCCCGAGCCCGUUAAAACCACUUUUGGACAGUCUGAAUGCGGACGUUAUUUGUUUUCAAGAGACUAAAUGUUCCCGUGACCUCGACAGCGAACUAGCAUGCGUGGACGGUUAUAAUGCUUAUUUCAGUCUCUGUCUCAACAGACCGGGAUAUUCCGCCGCGGAAGGAUUUACUCAAACUCUGUCCAGCCUGGACCCCACUCUGGAUGAUCCCAUCGAGUUUAUUUGCUCUCAGGUGGAAAUUUCUCGUUCCGAUCUAAAACAGCUGGAGUCGGAGGGUCGUUUGGUCUCCGUUGUUUUACCGGCCCAUUGUUUGAAAAUCCCAGCAGAUUUUGCGGAAACACCACCGAGUCGGUCGGUACUCAUUCUGUCCGUCUACGUUCCCCGAAUUGUGGAAUCCGAAGCGAAGCGUGUAGAAUUCCGGAUUCUGUUCGAACGUACUUUGACCUGGCUUGUAGGAUUCCUUUCAAAAAUGAGUCACGUGGUCAUAGCUGGGGAUCUGAACGUGUGUCAUAAAGCUCAUGAUCACUGUGAACUAGAACAAUUGGAUACACUUUCCAGCAUGGUUUUGAGCUCAAGACAAUGGAUUAAUGACCUACUCGUACUGGAACAACGGGAUUCUACCAUAGUUGCGAAUGGCGCCACGUCUCCCGGUUGCUUUGUCGAUAUUUUUCGACAUGUACAUCCAACUCGACCGGAUGCGUAUACUUGCUGGUCCAGCCGAACCGGGGCACGUGCAACCAAUUAUGGAGUUCGCCUGGACUAUAUCCUCGUGGAUCGAGCACUUUUGGCUUAUUUUGAUGCGAUCCCCUCCGUUGUAAUCCAGUCUGACUUGUUAACUAAUCAGGUCGGCUCAGAUCACUGUCCGGUAUGGGCAGAACUGCCUCUAUCCUCUGCGGCCGUUUGGGACCAUCCAUGGCCCGCGUUGUGCUCUCGUCAUUGGCCUCAGUGCCAACGCAAACAGACCAAGUUGGUUACGUUUGUAACUCGUGGUACACAGGAGGAGCCUACCACCUCGACCGAUCAUUCAGUCAUUCAGUUGAAGGACCACCGACUGGUCACAAACAGUCAGCCUGUUCAAAUCGAUCAGUGCAACGGGAAUAUCAAUCGACCAAAACGCAGUGCAGCAAAUGCACCCAAAUCAUGCUCCAAGUCCAAGUUGAAGCAAGCUAAGUUACUCAUAGUCCCCUCAUCGAAAUCCGAUGCGAUCGCUUCUCAACUGGCCUCACAGCCCGAAUCUCCCCCGUUGGCUAACUCCGAACCGAACGGGUCCACUGCACCUCCCUUCUCCGGCGACCCGGAUGCUCCGUCUGUUCACGCCUGGCGUCGCAUUCUUACUGGACCGAAGAAACCGCCCCUCUGUCGCGGUCACGCAGAACCAUGUGUGAUGCGCACGGUGAAACAGGAGCUCACGGCUUCUGGAGCCCGACGAGGUCGGCGAUUUUGGGUCUGUGCACGACCUCAGGGAGCUCGUGACAAUCCGGAAGCUCGGUGUGAAACAUUUAUUUGGGACGAUCGGUAUCAGGAUAGACCCAUUCAGUGA